UAGUUUGUUACUGACAAUAACUCAACCCGGAAGACUUAGUAAGCAAACGGUAUUUAAAUUCAAAAUAAGGAAACUGCAGAUAUUAACCCUCCGUCAUGAAGUAAUGAGAAAGACAACGAAAUAUCUCACGUGAGGAACAUGGACGACGAACAACGGCAACAACUUGGGGGAAACGCGGACUGGAUGUCCUGUCUGCCUGAGGAGCUACUGGAUGUCCCGCUGUGGAACCUGGCUAUACCAGGGAGCCAUGAUAGCAUGUCUUUCUGUCUGGAUGUGUCCUCUCCUGUGCUGAGAUCACAGCCCUGCCUCCUCAGAGUCAUUGACAGGUUGUUUCCCUGCUGGACUCGCCCUUGUAUUUCCCGCUGGGCCACCACACAGCAAUCAGUCCUCAGUGAUCAGUGUGAUCUCGGUAUUCGGUUCUUGGACCUGCGGGUUGCCAGGAAGCCGGCUGGAGGCAGCAAAUUGUUCUUCGCCCAUGGCAUCUACACUCUGAUGACUGUCAAGGAGGCUCUGGAUGAACUGGCUAACUGGCUAGAUGCUCAUCCUAAAGAGAUUGUAAUCAUUUCCUGCUCGCAUUUUGAAUCGCUGACUGACAGAGAUCAUGCCUGGCUUGUGGAGUACAUCAUCAUGCUGUUCAGAAAAAAACUCUGCUCCUCACAGGACACACCCACUCUGCGUUCCUGUUGGUCCAGAAGUCAGCAGGUCAUUGUUUCCUAUGGAAACCAGCAGGUGGUGCUGCAGCACCCUGAGCUGUGGACUGGAGUACCUUACAGCUAUGCUGACAGCCCAGACCCCGAGAAGGUGAUUGCUUACCUGGAGGAGCAGAAGAGCAGAGGAAGACCAGCUGGUUUUUACGUCAGCGGCCUGAACCUGACGGAGGACACUCCUUACGUCCUCCUCCAUCCCCUCCAGACCAUGAGGAAGAUGACGCUGAAGGCUCUGUCGCUGCUGCUCAGCUGGACGAGUGAGCAGCGGCCAGGGCCUGAGGGUGGAGUCAACAUCAUCUGCUGCGAUUUUGUGGGCAUCAGUCAGUUCUGCUCGCUUGUGAUUGGCCUGAACUACAAACUGCUGGGCAGACCCAGGACACUCGCUGCCCGUACUGUCUGCAGGACACUGGGAGGUACCAUUGACUGUUACCAUAGCAACCGCUAGGGCUGUGACUGAUAUACCUUCCUAUUUUCCUCCUUUUCACUUGGAGAUUUCAUCCUGUUUACAUUGGUGUGUCUGUGUCAAAUUCAGUAUUAGAUAUUAAAUUUAAAUAUGAUUAACUGUGAACACCGUCAGACAUGACACACUAAAUAUGUCUCAUCAUGUGAAUAUUUUGUAUUAUUUUUGUAUCCUCAUACUUUUAACCUCACAAUUUUUCUAUUAUUUCAUUUCAUGUUAAUUAAGAUGUUGGCAUUUGGAAUAUACACUUUCACACAUUAUGUAAAUAAAUACAAACAAAUAUUGUAUGUUUGUAUGUUUCAUGAUAUUAAUAAUCAUUCAGUGUCAGCAGUGAAUAGAGAAAAGCUCUACUGUCUCAGAGGGACAGUCUGGCUUACAGAUAGCAGUCAAUUAUAAUAAAUACAAAAAUAAUGCAAAUAAUAAAAAGAUCCAUCAAUACAUACUGUAAGUGCAGUACAGAAGAGCAUGAGAUUAUUCUGCUGUGGAACUGAUUUCAAUUGCUUUACUAAUUUUAUUGUAUUUAAAUGAAAUGUUGUAUUAUGUAUGUAUUAGAUUUGGUUGGUAGAUACUCGAUAUCAAAUGGGAGUAAAAUAACAUGAGAACAUCCCUGAUUUUAACUGAGCUCCCUGAGAUAUUAACAUUUACCUUAAACAAAGGCUCUGAUAUUAAAAUUAAAAAAUGAUUGACAAACUAUA